GAAGGAAGGAAGGAAGAGCGGGCAGGAGGGCGCAGGGUGGCUGUGCUCUCCUGCCUCCCUGCCUGACACCCAGGACCCUUCCAGGUCGGUAGGAAGGAGGAUGGAGCUCUGGGGCAAGCUUGUUUCCCGCUGCUCCAGAGGGCAGGACCUGAACCAGUGAAUUCAGAUUGCAAGAAAGGAGAUUCUGUCUAAACGCCAAGAAGAACUUUUUGAGGGAGCCCAGGAGAGCCUCAGCCAUGCCUUCGGACAAGUCCUCUCCGCUUGUGCACCCUUCUAAGCCAGGGAAGGAGAAGACCACCCUGCCUGGGUCCCUGAAGGCAGGCAGCUCCGACUCUGAGGGCCACAUGGGGCAGUCCAAACCCACGAUGACGAGAGGCUCUGGCAGGAGGCCUCGCCCCCCUGCGAGCGAAGGGGAGAAGGACUCUGGAUUUUCAGAUGAGAGCUCGGAGCACCUGAGUGCCGUGGAGCAGACGGACGCGGAGGACCAGCCUGCCUACCCAUUGCGCCAGGGGGCCGCGUUGCAGCGGGCGGCGCAGAAAGCGCACGGGGGGCUUGCGGGCAGCGCCUUCCCUGGCCUCGCCCCCCUUUACAUCGUCAAAAACGUUAUCCUCAAACAGCCCCACGCAGCGUCCCCCACCACCCAGCUCGUAGCCUGGAACGGCCAGCACCCUCUCAGCAGCACCCAGGCCUCCCCCACCCACGUCCUCUUGAUCCAGCCGCCGUCGGGACCCUUGAAGCCGCUGCUUCCUGGCCAGAAGUCUCCCUCCAAGGAGGCCGCCUACCUCCCCAUCCUCAGCACAUACCCCAAAAUUGCUCCUCACCCGGGCUGUGACCCACAGGCCAAGGGCCUGGGAGGGGGAGGAGGGUCCACCCCGGCAGGAGGGGCCAGCAAGAACAAACGCUUCUGCUUGGAGGAGGCCUGGGUGUCGUCGUCUGAGGCCGCCACCCCGAAAGUGAGCAGGGAGAAGCAGCGCAAGGAAGCGCCCCCCGCUUCCUCCGGCCGGCUGGCCUCCACCUUCCUCGCCCCGGAGGCGCUUUCCCAGAACACGGUGUCGUCCUCCACAGGACUGGACUGGGCUGAGAGCAGGAUGAUCUCCAGAGCCUCCAAAAAGCUGGGCUGCGGCAGCUCGGGCAAGCAGCGCCGCUUCCACAACACGGUGGAGGUCCUACGGAGGUCAGGCCUGCUGGGGAUCACGUUGAGGACCAAGGAGCUGAUCCGGCAGAACAACAGCACCCAGUGGGAGCUGGCCGAGCUGCGGGAGCACGCCCAGCUCCUGUGCGAGGCCGUCCAGAGCAAUGACUGCCGCGCCUGGGCCCGCCUCCAGGAGGCCAUGCUCCGCUCUGCCAGCUACUGGGCCAAAAAGGGGGCCAGCUCCUCUUACGCACACGCGUGGCAGCAGAGGCCGGCGGCCGAGCCCACGGGCCCCACCACGGAGAACGCCGGGGAGCCCCUGCCCAGCUCACCGACGAGCCUGUCGCUCACACCGGACACUUCAGUGCACGUGGCGCUGCCUUAGCUCCUCUGCCAUCAUGCCCUGGGCUGAAGGGUGUUGCUCCGGAAGUAAAAUCUCUUUGCAAGAAUUUGUGUCUUGGCUACCAAACCCUCUUGCCUUUAGUGAGGCUGAGGGGGCCAGUGUAGGACGCCGGAUUAGGCCCCUCCUGACUGGACUGCUGAUCCUUCAUGGGGUUUGUUGGCUGUUGAAGCCUGCCGUGUGCUUGUGGAGGGUUCCUGAGAUAAUCUUUGGGCUCCGAUAAAAUAAUCUCAGCGUGGGGAAUUGGGUUGGGCUGGGCUCUGCUGGCCCAGUUUUAGUAGGGUUGAAAUAGCAGAGGAAUCGUGUUCCUAGAGGCCGGCAGGGCGAGGCCUUGGGCAGCCGGCACAGAAAAGUGCAGCUGCUUUUGUAUCGAUUCAUCCCAUUUGCUCUCAGCUGGGAUUUCGGAGCAGCAAAUGUUUUAAUAUUUGGAACAACCAGCCCUGAGAGGGAAGAUGGAGAGAGCAAUGUGUCCAAGGCCCAUCUAAGGAAGUGUUGCAUUUUAACUCAUGCCACUCAGGUAAGGAGCGCUCUCUCCUGCCCACUAAGUUUGCUACAAAAGGAGUUCUGUUUCCGUCUUGACAGAAUUAGCCUCCGCUCACCCAUUUUCUGGUUUUGGGGGAAGCGAUGCAAUGGCGCUCUGACUGAAGGGUCUAGCGAGCGACAUUCUGCCCCAUUAGGAGUUCUGCCUCACUCUAAAGCUUGUUUUGCUCCGCUGCCGACAGAAGAUGGUCCAGUAAUAAUAAAGAAAUUAUGAUGGUGAU